AUGGGGAAGCCUCCCGCCUAUAUCUUUGUUGUGAGGCACGGAGCCCGCCUCGAUCAAGCCGACAAAUCAUGGCACCUUUCCGCCCAGAACCCAUACGAUCCACCUCUGACCUAUGGCGGCUGGCGGCAAGCCCAGGCUGUCGGUGCUAGGGUUGCCGCUAUCCUCCGCGAAGCCGAAGCCGAGUCCGAACAAGCGUCCCGUGCGGCUCGCGCCGCCGGCAUCCACAAGAAGCGGAAGAAGUUCCGCGUCGUCGUCCACACCUCGCCCUUCCUGCGAUGUGUCCAAACCUCCAUUGGCAUCACCGCCGGCCUCGCCACCCCGAUCCCCUCUUCGACCGCCUCCCAAGCCACACAACCCCCGCUUGCUACCGCUGCCGCUACCGCUACCGCUACCGCCACCGACUCUCUAAGCAAACUCUCGCUGCAAGAAGGCUUCCCCAAGGAGCCCGAGAAGAAAAUACAGAAGACGCCCCUGCGCAUCGAUGCCUUCCUCGGAGAAUGGCUCAACCCCGAAUAUUUCGAGUCCAUUACGCGACCUCCUUGCUCUGCCCAGAUGCUUGCUGCUGCCAAAGUUGCCCUUCUGCGCAAAGAGGCCAUCCCGCCUCGGCCGCACUCCAGCUCGACGUCGCAGGGCCGCGAUAAGCUUUGGAGCAGUCUCGUCUCGGCCCCGACUCUCGAGAGGACCGACUCGAUGGACUCGAAUGGCUCCGUCGGUCUCGGCUUGGAUCUUACUACCCCGGCCAUGGCCUCGGUUUUCGGCAGAACACGAGCCGAUAGUGCGGCUAGCAGCUCGAGCCAAAGGACGGCCGUUUCCGCAGAACAGGAGGACACCGGCGGCUAUGUCGCGCCCAUCCCUCACUACGCUGCUUCCACCAACAAGAAGAUUCCCGACGGCUAUGUGGCGCACGCCCGCGAUGCUUGCACGGCCCCCGACUACCAGUGGGACACGUCGCAGCACCCGUGGUCCUGGGGGGACGGCGGCGAAUAUGGAGAGGAGUGGAUCACCAUGCACCGCCGCUUCCGAAACGGGCUUCAACGUCUUGUCGACUGGUACGCGACGACCACCGACGAUCCGACCAACCUCGUCACCAAGCUCAGCGCGGCGUCUCCGUUGCUGGGCACGUCCCAGGCCUACGAGCCUCUCCAGAUCGAGGCCGACGAAGAAGAAGCCGAGUCGGUCGUCGUCCUGGUCUCCCACGGCGCCGGCUGUAACGCCAUGAUCGGCGCCAUCACCCGCCAGCCCGUGCUGAUGGAUGUCGGCGUCGCUACCUUGACGAUGGCCCGUCGGAAGAACGACGACCCCGUCAUCAUUGGACCCGAUGGCCAGUUCCUCGACCCAUCAUCCGGCGCCGAAGCCGACGUGGAAACGCAGGCCAAAGUGCCUGUUGAUCAACACUACGACCUCAAGAUCCAGGCCAGCAAUGAGCACCUUCGGAAUCUCAGCGUUUCUUCGAGCUCCGGAAUGUGCCGCCACCCGUCCGUCUCGUCCAACCCGGGAUUCAACCCGCACCCUCACCCACAUCCCAGUUUCGGCUGUCGAGGCCGGGUCUCCACCAUGAACUCGUCGUAUCCGGCCACCGGCGGGGGUGGUGGUGUCGGCGGCGGCGGUCUUAGUUAUCCGGAUCUGGGCUGCACAGUGAGUAGGAGCAACUCUGCCAGCGCCCAUCUCGGGGGCGCGCGGAAACCCUCGGCCACGUACACGCCUGCGCCGCCGCGAUUGUACAACGGGAUCACGGUCGGCAGCGGGGCCACGAGCUUCACGUCGCCGCAGGCCAGGUCGGCGGUGCCUAGCCUGUGGACGCCGACGGGCGGCGCGUCGUCCCUCCUGGGGAAGCGGAGGGACGAAGAAGAAGACGACGAGGACGACAUGUUUCCCGAUUUCGACGGCACGCGGAGGUUUAGUGUGAAAUCGGCGUCGGCGGAGGACGGGGAUGCGGAUCCUCCGAAGGCACCAGACGCGCCGCAGAAGGACAAGGCGGGCGAGACGGUGCGGUCUCUGGAUGUCGGGAAUGAGCGGAAGUUGGAGGCAGCGAGGCCGGCGGUGAUGUUUUCGACGGGUCUGUGGGGGUUGUAG